AUGGUGCUUAUUCUCUCAAUCGUUGGCGGUGAGGAGAACCGCAAGGCUGAUAAUAAAAACGAGAGAUACCAGGUAACUACAUUCAAGGGGCACCUUGCGGUGUUUUACGACAGUCGUCAAGCACCACCCGAUCCCCUGGAUGCGGAAACGGAGUAUCAAAACACAUCGUUGGAUGACUCCUCCCAGACCCCGUUCUUCGUGACCUCGUUCGACGGGUUGAUUGAUGGCAGGAAAGAGGAUGCAUCUCCCAGGGCGAAUGGAGAGCCUGAUGUGCUAGAGGUACUUAUGGCUGAUGUGGGAACGCGUGUCGCAGCACGAGAGAACGUCACCAUCGUUAACCGAGGUGCUCAUGCUGAAGUAUUUGUAGAGAGAAUUCUUCGAUCACUUCAGAAGAGCAUAGAAGGAUCCGCCGAGAAUGCAAUGCAAAUUGUCGCGGAUGAAAUAGCAAAGGAGAAGCAGAUGCAGCGCCUUCUCCAGCUGGAAAAUGAAUCCAACGUGCAUGCCAUAAAAGAAUACGCCAAGGUCACCAAAGAAGUGGAGAAUACUCCUUCUGCGAGUGUCAAGUUCUCUGCCAAUCUGUCACGGAAGUUGCGGAAACUUCGAAAAGAACAUAAGUUUUUGCUCGCUUCUGGAAAGAAGGCUGCGGAACGGUUUACUUUGCUGACUGCUGCGCACCAUGGCGAGCUUGUGCCUCCAUGUACAAAAGGCUCCAGCCUCAUACCAGAUGCUUUUUCGAAGCUGCCUCCGAUGCGUUUUCCCCCCCCAAGCCCAACAUCACGCCGUACACGUUUUUCAAGUGGCAGAAACUCUUACUAUGGCUCACGCCUUCAGCGGAGGUCAACAUUCAGCGUCUUGGAAGUGCUUGGUGAUCUCACUGAUGGGGAGCCUGUGGAACCCCUUGCAGGCAAUGGUUGGGGGAAGGAAGGACAGUAUUACGUCUUUAAUGGAGAAUCAUCCGUGAUGGCGCUUCCAGGAAUACCAAAGUUUGAGGAUGUUGUGAAGGGGUUGUUACUAGAUUUCUGGUUCCGAAUUGAUCCAGGUGAAUCGGUUGAAAAACGUGUACUCAUUCAUAUCAUGGAUGGGCAACGUGCGGAUCUGGGCCAGUUGUUCCAAAUUAGUUUAAACCGUUAUGAGGAGAUGUCCGAAGCCAUUUGUGUUUACGUCCGGGAUGGUACCAACCGGGUACUAGAGUGCAUGAUGCCGUUGAGAGAGCGUCUCCCCUCUUCGACUGAUGAGGAGCCCUUUCAUCACUUUAUGAUCAACGUGCAGAGUCUCGAAGAAGGCAAUUUGGAGUGUGUGUUUGAUGGCCGUCCUGCUUCGCUGCAAAUUGUGCAGCAGGAAUACCCUAUAUUUUUCAAUGCCUGGCCUCAUCGUCUGUUUGUUGGUGGUUAUCUGGAUGAAUCAAACUCACCAUGUUGUGUAUUUCGUGGGACGAUUUUUGAGGUACGCUUUGGGGUAGGCACUGCUGAAGGAUACAAGCCGGUUGUUCGAUGGCCACUGUUUGUAGAAGAAGGAAAGUUGAAGGAAGCUACACGAACCAUUCCUGCAGAACAUCUUGAAACAUUAUUGGAUCUUGAGAAACAAACAGGUGUUCUGCCACGCAGCGCCCCUUCUUUGGAUGGAAACCUUGUUGUGAAUUUGGGCACACUUGGUAUCCUUGGGGAGCUGAUGCAGAAUUGGAGAGUAGAAAUUCGCUUCAGGACAGUUAUUAACAACCGUGCGAUGAGUCUGAUUGGUGUGACGGACAGACAAGGCAGGAUGCAGGAGUUCGGUAUUGUAAUGAACACGGAGCCUGUUUUUGGAAAAGAGCGAUUCCGCUUUCAUGAGUAUAACGUAACUUUCUAUCUUGUUGAUGCAUUUGGCGCAUGUUGUUCAGCGUUGCUUCGAGGGAGUGAGCAUCAGAACCUAAUGGAUGGCCAGUGGCAUACAAUAGUUUGGAAGUGCAUUGACAGUGAGGCAAACACCUACAGAGUCAAGGUUGAUGGUGUGGCUCAGGAGCUCCUGUAUCUUGUAAGGGAGGGACCAAGAAAGUUCCUUCCAUUUGUCGAUUGGGUGUGUCUCGGUGGUCAUAACACGCGCAACUAUAAGGUUAAACGACCUUUCUUUGGUGAGAUUUGUCGCUUCUUCGUAUCUGUUCGUGGAGUUCCCCUUGCAACGUUGAACAUGGACGAGGGACCAGGGGCAUAUGUGCUACAGGACCUUUCAGGCCGUCGGAAUCAUGGGCUUCUCAUCAGCCCAGUGACCCACGUUGUCCGUCGCAGCGAUGUCUUUUGGUUUCCACAGAUGGACGAGAGAGACUCCUACGGUACCGACAUUUCAGGACAGGGUGAAAUAAUUAUCCACAAGAAUAAUGAGGUGUCUCUGGCCGCCGUUGUAUUUACAUGUGAUUUCACUGCGGCAGGUGUCGCGCGCGAAGUGGCCUAUGACAUUUUGGGAGGAGUAAAUGUCGAGCUAGACGUGGUUGAGAAUCACAUCUCUGACACGCGACCACAAUGGAAGACAUGGCGAACCCUGCCCAACAGCUGUUUCAGGUCAGUGGAUACCCUCGUGCAGUUUGAAGAGAUAAUCAAUAGCGCACUCGCCGCAGAUAAGCCUCUCGGUCACUUUAUGUUUGUUAUCCGAAUCGGUGACUGUCAUGUAACGCUUUUGAAUCUUCAUGGCCCGGUGCUUCCAUUAGACGCCACAUACAACCGUAGCAUGCUCAAAUGGCAGUAUGCAUACGCUGUUUCAGGUACCAAGGGACGACGGGAAAUUUUGCUCAAUCAGAUGGUGCAGGGCGUAGAGGGUGUUCUUGUGAGCGACACACUGAAACCCUUCACAACCGCAAAAUUGGGCCCAUUGAAUGUCAGCGGAAAGACUAUUGUGUCGGAGGAUAUGAUUCGAUCAAUGCAGAACAGUGGAAAGCCAUGGUUUCUCUGCGCCGUGCUGCACAACUAUCUUCUUAACGCUGAAAUGGGCUCCAACCUUAACAUCAUUCAUCACUUUAUGGAUCACCUCACAGCUGACGAGGCGGCAUCCAUUGCACUUUUCAACAGGCGUCUGUGUAAUGGAACAAAGGAGAAGGCAUCAAUCAUGAUACAACGCAACUGGAGGGCGCGACAAGCACGUCAAGAAGCAAUGCGAUUAGAGAGUGAAAAACAAAUACGAGAGCGGAAGGUGGAGGAGAUAUGUGCACUGCGCCUGAAUCCUAUUGUAAAAGCAAAGACAAAGCUCUCUGCACUUCUCAUUACGUUGCACCAGGUUGCAUGUGAGGCGGUCAAUCCUAUCCAAGACAACAUUGACGAGCUGUCCGAUAUGUUGACCAGGCAGGGUUACGUGGUCAAUCACAUACCCAAUGCAGAGAAGCCCGUAUUAAUGAAGGCUCUUUCAGAAAUCGAUGAGGAUGCGUCGAGCUUUGUGUACAUCAGUGGGUAUGGUGGGAUGAUGUCAAUCCGCCAGCCGCUAAUUGUCUCGCUGGAGACUCUCCAUAUUUCUAUUUGGGAAGGCGCGCAGCGAGCUGCGCUUGAAGGGGAGAGCGGGGUGAUGUACCGAAGGCUCAUGCAGGCAUUUAGGGAAGAACUUCCUCCUCCAAAGGUUCGAAAAAUGAAGCGCAAAAAAACUUCGGUGAUGAACAAGAAGAUUAUGCAGGAAGCAGAAUUGGCUGCGCGGCAACAAGAAGAGUUGUUCCGCAUGUCUGUCGCGGAAACCGAAAAGGAGGAGGAAAACAUGCGUGAAUUGACUUCGGAGGAGUAUGACACUGAAGUGAUGAUGAUAAUUCGCGAAAUGAAGCUAGCCAUUGAGGCAACCGAAGAGUAUGAGCGCACAUAUAAGCGGGAUCCUCAAGGAAUGAACUUUAUCCUUCCAUGUGAGGCAAAGCUUGUCGAGCCAUACGCGAGCACCACUUACAGUGUGGAGGAGUUGCUGCACAUUAUUCUUCAGCGCAGCAUGCCCCCAAUGGGGCUACAGCGAAUCGUUGCUUUUGAUCUGGAGCCCGUCACACCAAUGGCAUGUGGCUUCGCGUGUGUGGCGAGCAGCGCAGGCUACACGCUGAGAUUCCCAUACAAGCCUCAGCAGCGCCGCAUCUUGUCGAACGUUCUCCGGAAGGCCUUUGACGGUCGCCUACCGUGCGUCCCCGCCCAUUCCAGGUAUGCCGUGCUGAAGGGCGGCAUUGAAACGGACUCCUCUGAAAGAGACUGGAGGUCCUUUGCGACGUACGUGGUGUCGAAGAUGCAAUCUGUUUGCAGCAGAGAGGCGUUCAGAGCCCUGCGUGAAGAACUUGAUCGUGAGGUGCCGUUCACUGCGGAACUGAUUCCGGUGCGAAACAUUGUUCUGGAUUCCGACGGCCGAGAGCGGUUGCGCCGCGAGAGGGAGGCCAAGGAGAUAAACGUUGUUAUGCGGUAUGGAAUGGGGAGCUCUCAUGUGCAGUCGGAUAUGUUCAGCGUAUUCAAAAGCAUUAUCACGUUCGGUGGCCCCUUGAAGGAAAUCUCGUUCAAGAACACGAUUUACAUUCUGUUUACGUGCAACAACAAAGGCAUUGAUGGUCUUAUCAAAGAGGCGCUCAUUCAGGAAAUAGAGAAAUGCCGUCCAGCCGGAUGCGGCCUCACCAUCAGUGUUGGCAUCACCUCUAGAGGUGCCCGCCUCGUUUUCAACAGCAGUGAGUCUUCAGACAAGGCGCAAAUAACGCACUGGAUCAACAGCAUCGUGGUACGGAGCUUAAGGUGGCAACUUCCCGUGGGGUACCUUUUCAGUUACCGCAUGCUGGAAGUGGAUCAUGUCGAAUACCUGUACGAAGUGAAGAGUACGUGUUCCUUACGCAAGUUCCGCAUGCUGCAGAAGCAGCAGCACGAGCAGCCUCUUCCGAUCCCGUAUGUGUGCUUUCUGGGCUGCGAAGCCCUCACUUCAUAA